AUGACACGUUACACGAUCGGCGCGUCAUGGGAGACCGCGGUGUACGGCACGUACAGCACAGUACUCGCGUGUGAUACCCCACCGAAGUCGUGUACACGAUUACCACUAUCACGGUUGUACGACAACACGUGGCAAUUAUUGAGAUCGUUUUCAACCUCGAUGACGGAUUGUCGGGCCGUCGACGCGGGGAAAACAAUCCCCCAGAAGGGUGUGAGUAUGUUGGGUUAUCUAGCGGAAGAGAAAAAAGCGUAA